AUGGUGACGAACACGCUCGUGGUGACCGACCAGUACCUGCUGGACGAGGCGAACCGCGACGUUCUAGAUGAAUUCCUCGCGAGUGUGCAGAAGUGGGGCGCCGACGGCGAAUCCGUGGCCGUUUCUGUGCUCCGUUCGCUGCGUCGCAUAGUCGUGAUCUUUGACACCCCCGAGACUGCUCAGAAGGUGUACCAGUUGCUACAGAGCCAGGGAAUUCGGGUCACGUACUCGCGCAGGAACUCGGCGCGCUCAGAGUCGACGCUGGACGUGCCUGCCCGGCUGGAACCCCCAGAACGCCGCGUGGAACUGCAGUCCCCGCCGCCGUCGCCGUAUCUGGGGUAUGUGCAGGAGCCCGAAGAGCCGCCGGAGCCGAUCACCAUGACGGAGCCGGAGUCGUUUUCACAUUUGCUGUACCAGCCGACGCGCGACGAGGCGGCCAGAGAGCGCGUGUUUGAGGGCCGGGCAGAGGAGCCGCGUGUGCCGCUGCUGAUAGUGGAUCGCGAGGAGGGCGAGGCGCUACGGAAACGGCAGCAGGAGAUCGAGCGAGAGAAAUUAGAGGAGUAUAAAUUAUCUGAGAGAUAG